UAUAGGGGUCUCUGUACGGUGCUAAGCGGGCCUGGCGUUUCAGGGGCCGAUGAGCUGCUCUGUUCCUCCAACUCCUCUCCUGUGAAGCAGAGUUCACUUCUGGUGGCGGCAUGUUCACUUUAAGCAUAGCGGAGUGUGCAUCAGGUAAAGUGGGGUGUGCAUCAGCUUGGUCCAGGGCCAUAAUUUUGUCCAACAGUUCCUCUCUAGUCUUGGAGCCAGCGAUACCUCCCGCGAGCGACAAGCAGGCUUUGGAGGGCUGGCUUCCGGAGGUCCCGUAUAUCCAUCUGGCUGAGCAGGGACGUCUCCGUGAAAAGAUGGGGUCUGGUUGGUGGUUUGGACUUUCUCCGCAAUGUGAGGAAAAAUCCCACCUCUGCUGCCAACCAAUUGUGGUGGAA